AUGGAUUCCCAGCAUUUGCCCCAAACUUCGGACGAAUGGUCAAAUCUGAUCCCGGAAAAUGUCAAGGGCAAAACGAUACACGACGCAGAUCUUGCGUCUGCGUCCAAAUUUGCCAUGGAUCAAUUCUUACUUCUCCGGGUGCUUUGGAAGCAGUACGAAGACCCGCGUAGAAUCCACGAUGUGUUGGAUAUGAAAGGUUGGGUGGAACGUGCCUCGGCGAUGCUUAAUCGUUACCAAUCAUGGUCUACAUACUGUGAUAGCUUUGAGUCAGAAAGGAAUAUUCCCGAAGGAACGUUUGCAAUUGCACGUCACUAUCAGCUCGAAGUUGCAAAAACUGAAAAUAAAGUCGAUCCUCUUGCAUUCUAUACGCCUAUUGCGAGGCGUACUCGCAAUAGCUAUGCGCAAAGGGGAAGGAAUGAUCUUCACCUGGUGACACCCAUCAAAGUGAAGGUCAAUUUCCCCGAUUUGUCCAUUCGGCCAAAAAGAAUGGAGGCUAAUUUUGACGAUAUCGAGGACGACGAAGACGAGGAGGACAGUAAGAACGAUGGAGAUGACCCGCUAACCCCUUUCAAACCCACAAGCCCAAUGCCGCAAGAAUUGGCAAAUAUUUUGUAUCCUCCGACAAAAGACGAACAGAUUGUGAAUACAGCAUUGGUGGUAUUCCUCAAUGCUCUUACUAUCUACUUCCCUCUCUCCAUGCACUGGACCUUACACCGAAAAUCGUUCACUGCGGCUUUCGAAAAUGCCGAGUUUCAAGCAAGAACGGACGGAUAUCUAGGUGAUUCACAAGGAAACCCCAGUGUUCUCAUUGAAGUCAAACCCGUUAGGAGAUCUAGGAAGCUGCAGGUCAUUCAAAUGCAGGAGAGCGCCCAAAUGGUGGCCUGGAUCAAAUGCGAUGACGAAAAAGCCCAGAAAGCUCACAAAAUGCGUCUUCAUAUAUCUCAAGACCGACAUGAGGUGUUCGUGACAGUUGCCAAAUAUGACAAGAAGUAUCUGGAAUACCUCAACAACCCUCGCCCUUCAAGUGAUGAGGAUGAGGAUGGGGAUGAGAAUAAGGAAAACCUGUCCUUUUUAACCAUGCACCAAUUUGGCCCAUGGAAUACACUGGAUAGAUCGCACAUUCGCGAGCUGGGACCAAUUCUUCUGGCAAUCACCUUGAAAGCUGAUGCUGAUAGCAAGGCUGGAUGGUUAGAUCGAUAG